GAUAAUUAAGAGUUUAUAAAGGUUUUGAGCUUACAGAACAAUUAUCAAAAUAUAAAUACAGAUUUUACUGGCAGGAUUUAUGUAGGGUUUUGAAAUUACAGAAGGUCAAGAAACUGUGACUACAGGCAUGGCUUCCUCAUCAUUGCUGAAACUUUCGCGCUCAUUAUCUCGCGUAGCAGGUUUAUCCGGCAGAGCAAAUGCAGGUGGUGGUUGUUGCUGGAGGGGUUUUGCUACUUACGAGCUUUCUGACAAAGACUCUGAAGAUGAUAUUGCCCAAGAACCAAAGAACACAACACAGAACAAUGAUGUAAAUAGUAAUGGCGGCUCCAAAUUCAACGAAAGAGCGGUUCAACAUAACUUCAAUGGGAGUUUGUAUAGGGCUAUCAUACUUGGGGAGGUAGGGCAGGUACCAAUUCAGAAGAGAUUGAGAAAUGGUCAAGCGGUUACCGUUUUUUCGGUUGGAACUGGAGGCAUUCGGAAUAACAGGAGGCCUCUGGAGAGUGAAUCACCAAGAGAAUAUGCAGAUCGGGGCACAGUUCAGUGGCACCGUGUUUCCAUUUAUACAGAGAAUUUGGGAGCAGUUGCGAUGCAGCACUUGAAGCAAGGGGCACAUGUUUACUUGGAAGGAAAUUUGGAGACAAAAAUUUUCAGCGAUCCUCUUACAGGUGUUGUCAAGCGCAUUAGAGAAAUCGCCAUACGACAACAGGGGCGCCUGGUAUUUUUAAACCAAGGAACUGAAACCAAUACAAAUUCACAAAUCUUGAAAGGAGUUGGCUACUUUUAAAUGAAUCUUCAAUGUUUCAGAUUUGGAAAAAGAUUGAGGGCAGUGAAUUACUACCCCACUAAGCUUGGAGGAUUCUCAAGGUAGCAACUAUGGACACACGACCCAGGAUACAUUUUGUGCUAAAUCUGAGCAGCCAAAUGCCUUGAAAGGAAGAAACUAUUGAGUGCAUUCUGAUUUAGAAAUUUGUUAAUUGGACACUUUUUAUGUUUAGCUGCAUUCUCAUGAAACUCAAUUUGGUUUGUUCCACAGUAAGGGUUUUAAUAUUUUAUGUAUAAACAAAAAUGGUUUUACCGUUUUAGCAUUGAUCCCAUUUGAAAACCGAAGCAGAAUCCUAUUAUGUGAAGGUGACUUGAGGUUUGCAUGUUUGACAGCAACUUCUGGCUCGAGGAAUUCAUCAGCGUAUAUAUAAAAAUGAAAAUUCAUUUGAAUAAAACUGUAAAGGUUUCUGUACUCUUGUUUGUCAAGAACCUUUACUGUUUAAACAUUUAGUUAAUCUCCCGAGGAAUUUUGUUUCAGGUGGUCAACAUUAUUGUACAGCUUCUUAAAAUACCAACUGUGAACAACGAAUUCUGGUUUAUUUA